AUGGUGCAACGAUUGGAGGAUGGACUUGAAUCAUCCAAGUGCGGGGUUCUUAGCAUUACUAGAAGUCGUCAACCAAUUAUCGCAGAAUAUCAGCUUAUUGAUACUUUGUUUAAGUCAUUAAUUACCCAGAAAGAUCUCGGGAUCACUAUUUCCAACGACCUGAAAUGGAACAAGCAAGUUCAUAGCACGGUAUUAAAGGCAAACAUGAUGCUUGGCUUCAUCCAACGAUCAGCCUCUGACAUCAACAAUAUCCAAGUCUGCAAGAUUCUUUACCUGUCUUUG